AUGGAAAACGAUAAACAAAGUAACUAUUAUGAUAAUGAGAAGGCUCUUGAAAAGAAUGAAAGCUUCUUCAACUAUUACGUAAACCAGAAAAUAUUGAAGAGCUGUGAAAUCGAUAAUUUUAUGGAGAUAAUUAAUAAAGAAUUACCUAUAACUUUUAGAGUUCUAAAUAAUAAUAAAUAUAGCAGUUUUAUACAUGAAAAUAUAAAGAAACAAUUAGAAAGCAUUUGUAAAGACAAAUAUUCCAUUAUUAAAUUAAAUGAAGAAGAUCAUAUGUAUGAAAUUCAUUUAACUCGAUCUGAAAUUAAAAAAGAAGAAAAUUAUAAAAAUUUAUAUAAUUAUUUAAUAAACCUAAAUGAAAGCGGUUUCAUAUUUAGACAAGAACUUGUUAGUAUGCUACCUGUUUUAUUUUUAAGAUUGAAAGAGAAUUUUUUCGUUCUUGAUAUUUGUGCUGCCCCUGGAUCGAAAACCGCCCAAAUUUUGGAUUAUAUGCACACAAUUAAUAGAAGGAAAAUAAAAAAUAUUUUAAUAGAAAAUUUUUUAAAAAAGAAUAUGGAAACCUUGUAUAAGAAUUUGUACCCAUGGAAUAAUGUAAAUGAUGAAGAUAGUGAUAAUUUAUAUGAUUCAUUUGAACUUGAUUCAUAUAAAAUAAAUGGUUUUAUAAAGCAGGAGGAGAAAAAUGAUACAAAUAAAAUAAUUAUGAACACUCAGAAUAUUAUGAAUAGUCAGGACGUUUUGUUGUAUGAAAAUAAUAUAAAUGUUCAGAAUGUUAUGACCAGUCAGGAAAAAACAAAUAAUGUAGAUAAUUUGUAUUUUGAUGAUAAUAUGAAAAAUGAUUGUUUUAAAAAUGAAAAUACCAUUAAUGAAUAUAAGAAAGAUAAAUAUAAAGAGAAUAUAUAUAAAACGUUUUACAAUAUUUUAGAAAAUAAUAAUUACGACGACCCUUUUUUUGAAUAUAUAUUAAAUGUGGAUGAUAAUUUGUAUAAUGACUAUAAGAAAUUAAUUUCGAACAAUAAUCCUGAUGGUGUGGUUGUUGCUAAUGAUUCAAAUUUUAAAAGAUGUUGUAUGUUAUUUCAUCGAUUGAAAAAUAUUCAUAGUGAUUGUUUAGUUGUAACGAAUAACAAUGCAGUGACAUUUCCUUAUAUUUAUAUUAAAAGAGAAAAUUCAAAUUUGGAAAAUAAUGAUCAUAAUAAUAAUAAUAAUAAUAAUAAUAACAAAUUAUCAAAUGAUAGCAAUAUAUUACAAAACGAAAAUAGCAUAUUUGUGAAGAAAAAUUUUGACUCAGUUUUAUGUGAUGUACCUUGUAGUGGUGAUGGAACAUUAAGGAAGGAUAGAAAUGUAUGGAUAAAUUGGAAUCCAAAUAAUGCAUAUAAUUUAUUUCAAAUGCAGGUAAAUAUAUUGAAGAGAUCCAUUGAAUUAACAAAGGAAAAUGGUUACAUUGUUUAUAGCACGUGUUCGUUAAAUCCUAUUGAAAAUGAAGCAGUAAUAUGUGAAAUAUUUAAUAGUGUAGAAAAUUUGGAUUGUUUAAAAUUGAUAAAUUUUCAGAAUGAAUUAUUAACAAAAUUAAAUUAUGAAAAAGCUGUUAAGCAAUGGAAGGUUGUUAUGGAUGACAUAUGGUUUGAUACAUAUGAACAGUAUUGUUCUUAUUUACAAAAUAAGGAAUCAGGAAAAUAUAAAAAGAUAUAUGAAAAAAUUCAAGAAGGGAUGUUUCCUCCAUGUGAAGAAUUUAUAAAUUCUAUAAAUUUGAACUAUGCUAAACGUUUUUUCCCUCAUCAUUAUAAUGCUGGUGGUUUUUUUAUAGCCGUUAUUAAGAAAGGAGAAAAUUUCCAAUGGAAAUCAAAUAUGAAAAAGGAGAAUAAAAGUAAAAUGUAUGUAGACCAGAAUGAAAGGAUAGCAUAUGAGAGGGAGGAAUAUAGAAGAAAGUAUAAAAAUAAAAAAAAAUAUAACAGAAAAAUUAAGAACAACAAGAAUAAUAAAAUGGAUCACAUAAAUAAGGUCAAAGGUGUGAAUGGUGCUAAUAAAGAUGAGGACCAAAUUGACGAUGAAUCGAAAAGUGAAAAUAUAAUAAAAAGUGAAAAUAUAUUAAAUGAAAGUAUAUUAAAAAGUGAAAAUAUAUUAAAUGAAAGUAUAUUAAAAAGUGAAAACAUAUUAAAGAGUGAAAACAUAUUAAAAAGUGAAAAUAUAAUAAAAGGUGAAAAUAUACUAAAAAGUGAAAAUAUAUUAAAAAGUGAUAUAAUUCAAAAGAGUAACGACUUAAUUAGUCAUAUAAAUAGAAAGAGUGAGGAACUAUUAAAUGAUUAUAUAAACAACAUAGAUGAUAAUAAUAAUAAUGUACCUAAUGGUGGGGAAGAGGCAAAGGUUCCUAAUAAACGAAGCAACAACCUAGAUUUUGAAUACAGACACGGAUAUAGAAUAAAAAUAAACAAUGAAAAGUUAGUUAAGCAACAAGAAUAUGUAAGCUUAAGUUAUUAUGAAAAAUUAAUUUGUGUAAAUAAUUUUUUAGAGAAAAUUAAAAAUUAUUUUAAUUUAAAUAUGAAUUUUUUAUCUAUUAAAAAUAAUUUGUAUAUUCAUCUUAAAGAUAAUGGUAAUACACAUAGGUUGUCUGUAGAUGAAAGGCUUAAUUCUAAUGUAAAGAAAAUAUAUUUAGUUAGUAAUAGUGCUAAAGAAAUAUUGGAAAGUUAUACAAAAAUGAAAUUAAAAAUAAUUACAGCUGGGAUAACCGUUAUACAGGUAGAUAAGAAUAAAAAAAAUACUUAUGAAAAUUAUUAUAGAAUAAAUUAUAGUGGGUGUUUAAAUUUUAUUCCUUUUUUUCAAGAUAUUGAUAAUUUUUUUAAAAACAAAAAAUAUCGAGAACAAAUUAUUCAGAAUUAUUUUUGUACGGUAUAUGAAAAUAACGAAAGACAAUUUAAUUUUGAGAAGUACAUGAAUCAAUUAAUUGAUGAGAAGAAAAAAACAAAUUUGUCAAAAUUGGAUUCAAAUAAAAAUAAGGGGCAAAAAAUAUUAAAUAAUGAAUUGAAAAAUGAAAAAGAGAAUAUAGAAAAUAACAUGAGUGAGGAAAAUGAUGAAACACUUAAUGGAUAUAUAAAGAAUAAUAUAAAUGUUAAAUUUAAUAUUACAACAUGUGAUGGAUUGGAUAAUGGAAUGGAUACACAAAAUGAUAAUAUUAAAAAUGAUAAUAUUACAAAUGAUAAUAUUACAAAUAAUAAUAGUACAAAUAAUAAUAGUACAAAUAAUAAUAUUACAAACAAUAAUAUUACAAAUGUUAUAUGGGUAAAAAGUGAUGUAAUAUUAGAUUUAAUAAAAGUAGAUAAAUCCAAAAUCAAUAACAUAUCAAAUGAAACAAUAAAACAAACAGAAAUGUUAGCUAAAUAUUCUCCCAAUAUUUUAUUAACUCUUAAUAAAAAUAAACAAAUUAUAGCUAUCCCUUCAAAUAAAGGAAAUAUGUAUGUAGAUAUAAGUAUUGACAAAAAUUCAAUAAUGAUGUUGCCAUACAUUUUGAACUGA